AUGAGAGUCCUUCUUGGUAUCCAGUUUUCCGUCGUAAACAAAGUCGCAGGCCAAGCUGGUCUGACUGCUGAGGACAGGAAGGUAUGGAAUGUCGGGCUGCCCAGAGCUCGUGAAGCCACCAUAGUACUUGUUGACUUGCAACCCACUGGAACAACGGAUUUUCAGUUGUCCCUGGUAUCCACAAGCAUCUGUGACAAGCUGUUUCACUGUGAACAUCAAGUCAGCUUCAUCUUUGUCCAAGUUGAAAUUAUGCCAGGUCUUAACAGAACCUCCGGUCUUGAUGGCAAUUAA